CUGUCCCUCAUACAUAUUCUCCUCAGAGCUCCUCCUGCACCAUCAGUCCCGCUCAGUCCCCCUCCCUGUGAUCCCCUCCGACAUGGCAUUGGGAGUGGAGCACUUGAGGAGGGAGAGAGCUGUGGGUAUGUGUGUCUGUGUGUGGGUGUGUGUGUGAGUGGGUGGAUGGAUGGGAGCACUUGAGGAGAGAGAGAGAGCAAUGUGUGUGUGUGUCCUCACAAGGAUAAUAAAACAAGAAACAUUCGGACAAAUGGGGACAUUUUGCUGGUCCCCAUGAGGAAAAAUGCUAUUUUAGGUUUAGGGGUUAGGUUUAGGGUUAGGGUUAAAAUUAGGGUUAGAAUUAAGGUUAGGGUUAGGAGUUAGGGUUAGAUAUAGUUUUAGGGUUAGGGUUAGGGGUUUAGGAAUAAGAUUAGGCUUAGGGUUUAGGUUAGGGUUAUGGUUAGGUUAAAUGUUAGGGUUAGGGUUAGGGAAAAUAGGAUUUAGGAUGGGAAUCAAUUAUUUGGUCCCCACAAAGAUAGCAAUACAAAACUGUGUGUGUCUGUGUGUCUGUGUGUGUGUGUGUGGGGGGGGGGGGGGGUCUGUCUGUCUGUCUUUCUGUGUGUGGCACAAUGAAAACAGAGAAAAUGUGUGCAUCACUAAAGUAGAACCCCUAAUAAAACCUAGGAGAAAAAAGGGCAUUGGUCAGAAGUUAACAGUGCCUGAAGUUUCUUGGGUUUUUGUCAAAGGUUAACCACCUGAGGUUGGUUUUAGGGAGUAUAGUUUGUUUAGCACUCCUGCCACUGGUGGUGAAACCUCUUAAUGGAACCCUCUAAAGUCAAUCGACGCGCAAUCGUGUUAAUGGAAUUAGCAAAAUAAAAAAAUCCCCAUCAAAAUCUGUCUGUUUAAACUAGAGAUAUCUGAAUGUUUUUGGGAUGAGCUCAAUCCAUUACAUCCGCCGAUGUUGGCCUUCUGCAACUGCACUGGAAAGUGGCAGAGCCACAGCUGUGUUUGUCAGACCAGGAGAAGUCCCGAAAAUCAGUCUUCUUGCAAAAAUGUCUGUAGCGUCCGAACUAAUAUUAUCCCACCAUCGAAAGCUGACUCUCUCAUGAACACCUACACGUCGUUGUUUUGCUCUACGACACCCACAAGCCUCACAAGCCUCGUCUGAAGGUAACCCGGUACAGUACUUUAAUGCUUUAAUUAAGGUGCCACCAACCUCCUGUGAUACAGUAUAUAAACUCAGCAAAAAAAGAAACGUCCCUUUUUCAGGACACUGUCUUUCAAAGAUAAUUCGUAAAAAUCCAAAUAACUUCACAGAUCUUCAUUGUAAAGAAUUUAAACACUGUUUCCCAUGCUUGUUCAAUGAACCAUAAACAAUGAAUGAACAUGCACCUGUGGAAUGGUCGUUAAGACACUAACAGUUUACAGACGGUAGGCAAUUAAGGUCACAGUUAUAAAAACUUAGGACACUAAAGAGGCCUUUCUACUGACUCUGAAAAACACCAAAAGAAAGAUGCCCAGGGUCCCUGCUCAUCUGCGUGAACAUGCCUUAGGCAUGCUGCAAGGAGGCAUGAGGACUGCAGAUGUGGCCAGGGCAAUAAAUUGCAAUGUCCGUACUGUGAGACGCCUAAGACAGCGCUACAGGGAGAUGGGACGGACAGCUGAUCGUCCUCGCAGUGGCAGAACAUGUGUAACAACACCUGCACAGGAUUGGUACAUCCAAACAUCACACCUGCGGGACAGGUACAGGAUGGCAACAACAACUGCCAGAGUUACACCAAGAACGCACAAUUCCUCUAUCAGUGCUCAGACUGUCCACAAUAGGCUGAGAGAGGCUAAACUGAGGGCUUGUAGGCCUGUUGUAAGGCAGGUCCUCACCAGAACAUCACCCGCAACAACGUCGCCUAUUGGCACAAAACCCACCGUCGCUGGACCAGACAGGACUGGCAAAAAAGUGCUCUUCACUAACGAGUCGCAGUUUUGUCUCACCAGGGGUGAUGGUCGGAUUCGCGUUUAUCGCGAAGGAUGAGCGUUACACCGAGGCCUGUACUCUGGAGCGGGAUUGAUUUGGAGGUGGAGGGUCCGUAUGUAUGGGGCGGUGUAUCACACGCAUCAUCGGACUGAGCUUGUUUGUCAUUGCAGGCAAUCUCAACGCUGUGCGUUACAGGGAAGACAUCCUCCUCCCUCAUGUGGUACCCUUCCUGCAGGCUCAUCCUGACAUGAUCCUCCAGCAUGACAAUGCCACCAGCCAUGCUGCUCGUUCUGUGCGUGAUUUCCUGCAAGACAGGAAUGUCAGUGUUCUGCCAUGGCCAGCGAAGAGCCCGGAUCUCAAUCCCAUUGAGCACGUCUGGGACCUGUUGGAUCGGAGGGUGAGGGCUAGGGCCAUACCCCCAGAAAUGUCAGGGAACCUGCAGGUGCCUUGGUGGAAGAGUGGGGUAACAUCUCACAGCAAGAACAGGCAAAUCUGGUGCAGUCCAUAAGGAGGAGAUGCACUGCAGUACUUAAUGCAGCUGGUGGCCACACCAGAUACUGACUGUUACUUUUGAUUUUGACCCCCCUCAGGGACACAUUGUUCCAUUUCUGUUAGUCACAUGUCUGUGGAACUUGUUCAGUUUAUGUCUCAGUUGUUGAAUCUUGUUAUGUUCAUACAAAUAUUACACAUGUAGUUGCUGAAAAUAAGAGCCCCAGACGAGGGAGAUUAUCAGUGGUUUUUUUGUCUUCCAUUCUAAUAUUCCCCCCCAAAUUUAUUUUUUCAAAAAAAGCUUACCUAUUCGAUUAGUCUUCCCACCCUGGGGAGGUCUACAUUUUUUUCGGGGUGUUUUUUGACAGUCUUGGUUUUGGGCCCCAUAGUGGAGUUUGGAGGUGUGAUGUUUGAGUUGUGGACAGGUGUCUUUUAAAAUUAUAACAAGUUCAAAGGUCCCAUUAAUACAGGUAACGAGUGGGGGGACAGCGGAGCUCUAAAUAAGAGUUACAGGUCGUGAGAGCCGAAAUCUUGUUUGUUUGUAGGUGACCAAAUACUUAUUUCCACAUAAUUGCAAAUAAAUCAUAAAAAUCUACAAUGUGAUUUUUGGAUUUCUUUUCUCAAUUGUCGCCCUUGUUGCCCAUGAACUAUGGUGAAAAUUACGGCUCUCUCAUCUUUUUAAGGGGGGGGAAUUGCACAAUUGGUGGCUGAUAAAUAUUUUUUCCCAUUGUAUUACAGGGGGCCAGAAGGGAUGUAGAAGGAUGGCUAACGCACAAAGGAAUGGAAAAACCAUGCCUUGAUUAGUACCAUUACUACAGACCCCCAAGAAACACAAGCCCGUUUCUCCCAAUUAAUUUUUAAAUCUUGGGGAAAAUGAUAAAUCGGGAAAAAAAAAGAAAGUCCUUUUUAACCUGUUUAAUUAAGUAAAAACCAAAAACUUAAAGUCUUCAGUUUAAAGGUUUUAAACACUUUUCCAUGUUUGGCCCCAAGAAUCCCAAUUAAUGAACAGGCCUGGGAACGGUGUAAGAAAAACAGUUUUGACGGUUAGGAAUUAGGUCCGAUAAACCUUAACUAAAGAGGUUUCUCGAUCUGAAAAACACCAAAAGGAAAAUGCCACGGUCCCGCUCAUUCUCGUUGACAUGCCUUUUAGGGCUGAUGCUAAGAGCCAUGAGGAUUUAAUGAUGGCAGGGCAAAAAAUUUCAAUGCCGUACGUGGACCCAAAAACCGCUUACAGGGAGGGACACAGGGACGCCUCGCAGGGCCCAAAAAGUAACAACAACCAUCACGGGAUUUUAAGCCAAAAUCACACCUUGGGCAAACAGGAUUGGAAACAAGAAUCCCGGUUCACCAAAUGACAAUCAAUCUUCAUCCAGAUUGCAAUAGUUGGGGGGAGGGGUUGGGCCUUUUGUAAGGGGGGUCCCCCCAGAAACAUCAAGGCAAAAACGCUUAAAAAACCCCAGUCGGACCGGAAAGGGAAAAAAUUUUGUCUUAAAAAAGGGGGAAAAACCAGGGGUGUGGGGUUCGGGGCCCCCAAAGGAAACCCAAAGGAAAAAAAGUUCCCCCGGGCCCAAAGACCCCAAAAUUGGGGGGGUGGAGCCCCUUUCCGGGGGGGACGUUUUGGGGGGGGGGGGGGGGGGGGGGGGGGGGGGGGGGGGUUUUUGUUUUUUUUGCAUUAAAAAAAAAAAAGUGGUUUUUUUUUUUUUGGGGUUUUUCUUCUGUAAGUGGGCAUAUGAACAACAGAGAAAGUGUGUGUUUUUUUAAUAUCUGUUUUGCCAUGUAUGAAUAUGUUAUUCAAUGCGUUUCUAUGGGCUAAUAGCAAAAGGCCAAAUUCAAUGUUCCAUCAAAUAAUAAAAUACUGUAUACAGUGGGGGAAAAAAGUAUUUAGUCAGCCACCAAUUGUGCAAGUUCUCCCACUUAAAAAGAUGAGAGAGGCCUGUAAUUUUCAUCAUAGGUACACGUCAACUAUGACAGACAAAAUUAGAAAAGAAAAUCCAGAAAAUCACAUUGUAGGAUUUUUAAUGAAUUUAUUUGCAAAUUAUGGUGGAAAAUAAGUAUUUGGUCAAUAACAAAAGUUUCUCAAUACUUUGUUAUAUACCCUUUGUUGGCAAUGACACAGGUCAAACGUUUUCUGUAAGUCUUCACAAGGUUUUUCACACACUGUUGCUGGUAUUUUGGCCCAUUCCUCCAUGCAGAUCUCUUCUAGAGCAGUGAUGUUUUGGGGCUGUCGCUGGGCAACACGGACUUUCAACUCCCUCCAAAGAUUUUCUAUGGGGUUGAGAUCUGGAGACUGGCUAGGCCACUCCAGGACCUUGAAAUGCUUCUUACGAAGCCACUCCUUCGUUGCCCGGGCGGUUUGUGUUUGGGAUCAUUGUCAUGCUGAAAGACCCAGCCACGUUUCAUCUUCAAUGCCCUUGCUGAUGGAAGGAGGUUUUCACUCAAAAUCUCACGAUACAUGGCCCCAUUCAUUCUUUCCUUUACACGGAUCAGUCGUCCUGGUCCCUUUGCAGAAAAACAGCCCCAAAGCAUGAUGUUUCCACCCCCAUGCUUCACAGUAGGUAUGGUGUUCUUUGGAUGCAACUCAGCAUUCUUUGUCCUCCAAACACGACGAGUUGAGUUUUUACCAAAAGUUCUAUUUUGGUUUCAUCUGACCAUAUGACAUUCUCCCAAUCCUCUUCUGGAUCAUCCAAAUGCACUCUAGCAAACUUCAGACGGGCCUAGAAAUGUACUGGCUUAAGCAGGGGGGACACGUCUGGCACUGCAGGAUUUGAGUCCCUGGCGGCGUAGUGUGUUACUGAUGGUAGGCUUUGUUACUUUGGUCCCAGCUCUCUGCAGGUCAUUCACUAGGUCCCCCCGUGUGGUUCUGGGAUUUUGCUCACCGUUCUUGUGAUCAUUUUGACCCCACGGGGUGAGAUCUUGCGUGGAGCCCCAGAUCGAGGGAGAUUAUCAGUGGUCUUGUAUGUCUUCCAUUUCCUAAUAAUUGCUCCCACAGUUGAUUUCUUCAAACCAAGCUGCUUACCUAUUGCAGAUUCAGUCUUCCCAGCCUGGUGCAGGUCUACAAUUUUGUUUCUGGUGUCCUUUGACAGCUCUUUGGUCUUGGCCAUAGUGGAGUUUGGAGUGUGACUGUUUGAGGUUGUGGACAGGUGUCUUUUAUACUGAUAACAAGUUCAAACAGGUGCCAUUAAUACAGGUAACGAGUGGAGGACAGCGGAGCCUCUUAAAUAAGAAGUUACAGGUCUGUGAGAGCCAGAAAUCUUGCUUGUUUGUAGGUGACCAAAUACUUAUUUUCCACCAUAAUUUGCAAAUAAAUUCAUUAAAAACUCUACAAUGUGAUUUUCUGGAUUUUCUCUCUCAUCUUUUUAAGUGGGAGAACUUGCACAAUUGGUGGCUGACUAAAUACUUUUUUCCCCCACUGUAUAUACAGUACACAGAAGGCUGCUGAGGGGAGGAUGGCUGGAACGGCACAAAUGGAAUGGCAUCAAACCAUGUCUUUGAUGUAUUUGAUACCAUUCCACCUAUUCCGCUCCAGACAUUACCACAAGCCCGUCCUCCCCAAUUAAGUUUCCACCAACCUCCUGUGAUACAGUAUAUAAACUCAGCAAAAAAAGAAACGUCCCUUUUUCAGGACCCUGUCUUUCAAAGAUAAUUCGUAAAAAUCCAAAUAACUUCACAGAUCUUCAUUGUAAAGGGUUUAAACACUGUUUCCCAUGCUUGUUCAAUGAACCAUAAACAAUUAAUGAACAUGCACCUGUGGAACGGUCGUUAAGACACUAACAGUUUACAGACGGUAGGCAAUUAAGGUCACAGUUAUAAAAACUUAGGACACUAAAGAGGCCUUUCUACUGACUCUGAAAAACACCAAAAGAAAGAUGCCCAGGGUCCCUGCUCAUCUGCGUGAACAUGCCUUAGGCAUGCUGCAAGGAGGCAUGAGGACUGCAGAUGUGGCCAGGGCAAUAAAUUGCAAUGUCCGUACUGUGAGACGCCUAAGACAGCGCUACAGGGAGAUGGGACGGACAGCUGAUCGUCCUCGCAGUGGCAGAACAUGUGUAACAACACCUGCACAGGAUCGGUACAUCCAAACAUCACACCUGCGGGACAGAUACAGGAUGGCAACAACAACUGCCCGAGUUACACCAGGAAUGCACAAUUCCUCCAUCAGUGCUCAGACUGUCCACAAUAGGCUGAGAGAGGCUGAACUGAGGGCUUGUAGGCCUGUUGUAAGGCAGGUCCUCACCAGACAUCACCCGCAACAACGUCGCCUAUUGGCACAAACCCACCGUCGCUGGACCAGACAGGACUGGCAAAAAGUGCUCUUCACUAACGAGUCGCAGUUUUGUCUCACCAGGGGUGAUGGUCGGAUUCGCGUUUAUCGUCGAAGGAUGAGCGUUACACCGAGGCCUGUACUCUGGAGCGGGAUUGAUUUGGAGGUGGAGGGUCCGUCAUUGUAUGGGGCGGUGUAUCACAGCAUCAUCGGACUGAGCUUGUUGUCAUUGCAGGCAAUCUCAACGCUGUGCGUUACAGGGAAGACAUCCUCCUCCCUCAUGUGGUACCCUUCCUGCAGGCUCAUCCUGACAUGAUCCUCCAGCAUGACAAUGCCACCAGCCAUGCUGCUCGUUCUGUGCGUGAUUUCCUGCAAGACAGGAAUGUCAGUGUUCUGCCAUGGCCAGCGAAGAGCCCGGAUCUCAAUCCCAUUGAGCACGUCUGGGACCUGUUGGAUCGGAGGGUGAGGGCUAGGGCCAUACCCCCAGAAAUGUCAGGGAACCUGCAGGUGCCUUGGUGGAAGAGUGGGGUAACAUCUCACAGCAAGAACAGGCAAAUCUGGUGCAGUCCAUAAGGAGGAGAUGCACUGCAGUACUUAAUGCAGCUGGUGGCCACACCAGAUACUGACUGUUACUUUUGAUUUUGACCCCCCUCAGGGACACAUUGUUCCAUUUCUGUUAGUCACAUGUCUGUGGAACUUGUUCAGUUUAUGUCUCAGUUGUUGAAUCUUGUUAUGUUCAUACAAAUAUUUACACAUGUUAAGUUUGCUGAAAAUAAACGCAGUUGACAGUGAGAGGACGUUUCUUUUUUUGCUGAGUUUAUAUAUAUAUACAGUACCAGUCAAAAGUUUGGACACACCUACUCGUUCCAGGGUUUUUCUUUAUUUUGACUAUUUUCUACAUUGUUUAAUAAUAGUGAAGACAACUAUGAAAUAAUAAUAAUAAUAAGCCAUUUAGCAGACGCUUUUAUCCAAAGCGACUUACAGUCAUGUGUGCAUACAGUUUUACAUAUGGGUGGUCCCGGGGAUCGAACCCACUACCCUGGCAUUACAAGCGCCAUGCUCUACCAAUUGAGCUACAGAGGGCCACGUAACACAUAUGGAAUCAUGUAGUAACCAAAAAAGUGUUAAACAAAUCAAAAUAUAUUUUAGAUUCUUCAAAGUAGCCACUCUUUGCUUUGAUGACAUCUUUGCACACUCUUGGCAUUCUCUCAACCAGCUUCAUGAGGUAGUCACCUGGAAUGCAAACAGGUGUGCCUUGGUAAAAGUUAAUUUGUGGAAUUUCUUUCCUUCUUAAUGCGUUUGAGCCAAUCAUUUGUGUUGUGGCAAGGUAGGGGUGGUAUACAGAAGAUAGACCUAUUUGGUAAAAUACCAAGUCCAUAUUAUGGCAAGAACAGCUCAAAUAAGCAGAGAGAAACGACAGUCCAUCAUUACUUUAAGACAUGAAGGUCAGUCAAUCCGGGAAAAUGUCAAGAACUUUGAAAGUUUCUUCAAGUGCAGUCGCAAAAACCAUCAAGCGCUAUGAUGAAACUGGCUCUCAUGAGGACCGCCACAGGAAAGGAAGACCCAGAGUUACCUCUGCUGCAGAGGACAAGUUCAUUAGAGUUACCAGCCUCAGAAAUUGCAGCCCAAAUAAAUGCUUCACAGAGUUCAAGUAAGACACAUCUCAACAUCAACUGUUCAGAGGAGACUGUGUGAAUCAGGCAUUCAUGGUCGAAAUGCUGCAAAGAAACCACUACUAAAAGACACAAAUAAGAAGAAGAGACUUGCUUGGGCCAAGAAACACGGGCAAUGGAAUUUAGACCGGUGCAAAUUUGUCCUUUGGUCUGAUGAGUCCAAAUUGGAGAUUUUUGGUUUCAUAGUCAAGAAAACCCUUCAAUGAGUAGGUGUUCUAAAGCUUUUGACUGGUAGUGUAUAUUCUUAUUUUUAAAUUGUAUUAUUAUUGUUAUUUAAUGAAACAUUGAAUUUGGCCUUUUGCUAUUAACCCAUAUACACUGCUCAAAAAAAUAAAGGGAACACUUAAAUAACACAUCCUAGAUCUGAAUGAAUGAAAUAAUCUUAUUAAAUACUUUUUUCUUUACAUAGUUGAAUGUGCUGACAACAAAAUCACACAAAAAUUAUCAAUGGAAAUCAAAUGUAUCAACCCAUGGAGGUCUGGAUUUGCAAUCACCCUCAAAAUGUAAGUGGAAAACCACACUACAGGCUGGUCCAACUUUGAUGUAAUGUCCUUAAAACAAGUCAAAAUGAGGCUCAGUAGUGUGUGUGGCCUCCACGUGCCUGUAUGACCUCCCUACAAUGCCUGGGCAUGCUCCUGAUGAGGUGGCGGAUCGUCUCCUGAGGGAUCUCCUCCCAGACCUGGACGAAAGCAUCCGCCAACUCCUGGACAGUCUGUGGUGCAACGUGGCGUUGGUGGAUGGAGCGAGACAUGAUGUCCCAGAUGUGCUCAAUUGGAUUCAGGUCUGGGGAACGGGCGGUCCACAGCAUCAAUGCCUUCCUCUUGCAGGAACUGCUGACACACUCCAGCCACAUGAGGUCUAGCAUUGUCUUGCAUUAGGAGGAACCCAGGGCCAACCGCACCAGCAUAUGGUCUCACAAGGGGUCUGAGGAUCUCAUCUCGGUACCUAAUGGCAGUCAGGCUACCUCUGGCAGGCACAUGGAGGGCUGUGCGGCCCCCCAAAGAAAUGCCACCCCACACCAUGACUGACCCACCACCAAACCGGUCAUGCUGGAGGAUGUUGCAGGCAGCAGAACGUUCUCCACGGCGUCUCCAGACUCUGUCACGUCUGUCACAUGUGCUCAGUGUGAACCUGCUUUCAUCUGUGAAGAGCACAGGGCGCCAGUGGCGAAUUUGCCAAUUUUGGUGUUCUCUGGCAAAUGCCAAACGUCCUGCACGGUGUUGGGCUGUAAGCACAACCCCCACCUGUGGACGUCGGGCCCUCAUACCACCCUCAUGGAGUCUGUUUCUGACCGUUUGAGCAGACACAUGCACAUUUGUGGCCUGCUGGAGGUCAUUUUGCAGGGCUCUGGCAGUGCUCCUCCUGCUCCUCCUUUCACAAAGGCGGAGGUAGCGAUCAUGUUGCUGGGUUGUUGCCCUCCUACAGCCUCCUCCAUGUCUCCUGAUGUACUGGCCUGUCUCCUGGUAGCGCCUCCAUGCUCUGGACACUACGCUGACAGACACAGCAAACCUUCUUGCCACAGCUCGCAUUGAUGUGCCAUCCUGGAUGAGCUGCACUACCUGAGCCACUUGUGUGGGUUGUAGACUCCGUCUCAUGCUACCACUAGAGUGAAAGCACCGCCAGCAUUCAAAAGUGACCAAAACAUCAGCAUAGGAACUGAGAAGUGGUCUGUGGUCACCACCUGCAGAACCACUCCUUUAUUGGGGGUGUCUUGCUAAUUGCCUAUAAUUUCCACCUGUUGUCUAUUCCAUUUGCACAACAGCAUGUGAAAUUUAUUGUCAAUCAGUGUUGCUUCCUAAGUGGACAGUUUGAUUUCACAGAAGUGUGAUUGACUUGGAGUUACAUUGUGUUGUUUAAGUGUUCCCUUAAUUUUUUUGAGCAGUGUAUAUACCACUACAGGGGUCCUAAAAUUCAAAAUCAAAUAGCUGAAUGGUCCUUGGUGUAACUGUCUUACAACAACUCCAUAUGUUAGCUUAGUAGAAACCCAGCCUCGGGCCCUUAGACUCUAGGGGGAUUGGAGAUCGAACUACCUACAACAUAAAACAUGGUCUAAUAUACAUAAACACUGUACCAGAGUGUUCCCAAAAUAUUGAAAAUAUUGAUGCAGUGGAAGUAUUUUAUGUUAUGACAUUACACAUGCAUGCAGGAUAGUGCAGUUAUGUGCAGUGCCAUGCAAAAUGUGAGAAGGCCGUUUCAAUUGCCUGUGGAAUAGCUGGACAUAUGAAUAUAGAAAGUGUGGACAGUGAAAGAUAUCUACCUAUGCAUGCUCAUGCAGGGUAAAUAUAAAAACUUACAUUUCAAGUCGCUGAGAGCACAAAAUGUGUUUAUUUAAGUCUUUAAUAUUGUAAUGGAAAAACUAAAGUCAAUGAUAGGUUGAUGUGCCACACUGAAGGGUGAUGGUGAUGGAGACUAUGUAGGGAUGGAAGGGUGCCUAGAUGUGUCCAGCCAGCAGUCCAUGAAGCCUUUUAUGUCCUGAAUGUCCAUAUUUGUCCACGUGGGACACUAAACGUAUGGCCUGGUCCCUGUUGUAUCGGGUUCACUUCAUUCCAAGACUCCUGGGUCUAUUUCUGAUCUCCUGUAAGGUGAUAGCUUGUCCCUCAUUCUGCCUGUCGCUUAACUUUUGCUACGAACUCAUCCCUCCCUCUCUCUUUCUCUCUCUCUCUCUCUGCCUCUACAAAUCCAAACUUGAGGAUGUGGCUAAAGUUAGCUCGGCCUACAGAGGUAUAUAAGCCCCCGAGGAUAGGGGUUUAAUGCGGCUUCACAUCAGUCUCUUCUCUUGUUGACCAUCCAAACCUCCAUACAUACCGUCUCGAGAUGGUGAGUAACACCGGUCCUCACUUUCUGCCUGUUUACCUGUCCACUACUCUGUGUGCUGUCGAUGGGAACCUCCAGGAAUAACACAGCGUUUCCAGAUUUUCUUGUUUUUCUAUUUGAAGCUUAUUGCUAGAUAAAUAAAAAAAUGAUGGAACAACCUUUUAAAACUCAACUGUACUUUGGACUUUUUUUGAUGGUGACAUUUUUAUUUAUUUUUGGUGUAAAGCUGUUCCUGGAUAUACAAUAUCAUUCACAGGAUCUAAAUAUUUUGUUGACACUUUAUUAACAACAUUUAUAUAAAAUAUGCUUUAAAAGGUUAGCUACCCGAAGAGAAUGAAUGUUUUAAUACAUCCACAUUCAAAAACAUCCUCCUCUGUCCUGAGCCAGAGCAAGAUUGUUCCUGAACUUUUCUGAGCAAUUUUCAAGUGCUAGGUAGUAAGGGAUGUUAAACUACAUCUAAGACAUAGUGGCAGGAUUUUUACUUCCACAGACAUGAUGGUGGACCACACAUAUUCACCCCACAUCACACUGAUAGUCAGGUCAGAUCAAAGACUGUAACGGUAUAUGGCAGAGGGAACACUGUACUGGACCUCCACACAAGGACAAGGACAUCCACUCACCUGUCCAUGACCAGGAACAGCUUGACACUGAGGUGAAAGGUCACUAAUUUGCCUCCUGAGGGCUACAGCUGCAGGGUGAACAGACCUAGAAGGUCGCAUUGUUAAGCAGUUGAUGUGUUUGUCCUUCAGGCACCCAAGAAGGCCAAGAGGAGGGGAGCAGCAGCAGAGGGUGGUUCCUCUAACGUGUUCUCCAUGUUUGAGCAGAGCCAGAUCCAGGAGUACAAGGAGGUGAGGAUUUCUUAACACACAACACAACACCUCAUCACUUUUACACCUUAAAAUGUCAAUGGGACAGAUUUCCCUUCAACUCCCUAUCUGGGCUGAGAGUGAGUGACUCUAGUCUGGCCACCAGUCAGUUUCAUUGAAACCUAUUUCUGCUAUAGAGUGUCUGAAAUAGUUGCUAACGCUGAACCAGACAGGCACAGUGGCUAAAUGGAUACUGUUAUAAUCUUAAGUCAAUCAUGGUUUACUGUUUUUCCUUGUUUCAUUAAUGGAGCGAACCCCAAAUUAGAUUUAGGGGGCUGCUCUCUGAUGGGUACAUUUUCCGUCCAGUUGCUAUUUUCUCUGUCCCCCCUCUCUCCCAACUUAAUAAAGAAAAGAAUGUCAUUAGGAGAAGCUCUGAAGUUUCUGUAACCUUUUGAAGCUCUCCAGGCCUCCCCCUCCUCUGAGCCUUCAGCUGUCACUCAACCUCUCAUCUUAAGUCCUCUGCUGCUGAGGGCUGCAUGUUUAAGUAUGGCAGGACAACUGGGCCCUGGCUGGCACGCAGCACACAGAGGAGAGGGGAGGGGCAGUCAGGGGGCCGGGGGAGAACGGGGGGGACUGGGGGUGGACAGGGGGAGGGGGAACAGGGGGAGAACAGGUGGGGACAGAGGGGGCGGGGGGACAGGGGGGAACAGAGGGGGCGGGGGGACAAAACGAGAGGUCAAUAUGGUCAAUAAUAGAGGGGAAAGCCUUGUCCUUCUUGAGCUUCUGAUAAGGUCUAGAGUUUGGAAGGCAGGUUGGUGUACCUGUUUAUGAGGAGAGGAAGGGGAGAGAGGUCAACGGUAUGUAGAUGAAAGAUGGAGGGUAAAAAAUGGAAGGAGUGUAUGGAAGGAUGGAUGAGGUCAGGGAAUAGGGAUCUGGCAGUAGGUGGGAGAUUGUAUAUGAUGGUGUGUGUGUUUUCAAAAGUGUUGUCAAGGGAUAUGAGCACAGACUUGACGGAGGGAAUUCUUGCUGCUGUAAGUGAUACGGACUUCUUAAGUGUCACUUGGGGAAUGUCUGACAUCAUUGGGACAGUCUUAACACUUUGCACAGAUGGAGAGAUGGGAGCGGGGUGAGUGUGUGUGCAUGUGUGUGAGUCAGGAAGAUGGAUUAGCAGCUGCUAUUUUAAGUUAAAGAUCAACCAUAGGGGUCAUCUUGGGUUUCAUAGACGUACAGUAAGAGAUGAGGUCCAGAGACAGGCUGGGACAGUGGAAGAAGGAUUUAUUUAACAGGUGUAACUUAAUGAGCUCUCCCUAAAUGAACGUGUAAGAAAAUGGUUUUCAAUUUCUUCUGUUCUUUUUAGGUCUCGCCUAACAAGGGUUACAUUGCAUUGUGCCAUAAAUACGCAGCACCUGGCCCUUAAAUGACCAUAGUUGACAGAGGUGUCUCUAAAUUGUAUGGAGUGCACAUGCUACUCACGUCCCACUACGCACAGGGUGAUCUGUGGCUGGACUGAAUCCCCUCCUCCUCCAUCUGUCACACUGGGGAUGACAACUUGGCAGACUCUGGUGACUGGUGUUCAUGUCACGACAGACAUUCUCUGUCUUCCUCACUUCUUCUUCCCUCCUUCCCUCCUUCCCUCCUUCCCGCCUUCUCAGGCUUUCACAAUCAUUGACCAGAACAGAGACGGUAUCAUCAGCAAGGAUGACUUGAGGGACGUGCUGGCCUCAAUGGGUGAGCAAGGGUCAAAUUUAAGACCUUUUAAGAUUCUCAGAGGACAUAAUAUGUGAUUGACUUGUCUCUGUUAAAAGUGUGCCUUGGUAUGUCCACAAAGUCCUAUAUGUACUGUAUAUCUAUAUAUAUGUGUGUAUGUGUGUGUGUGAGAGAGAGAGAGAUAAUGGUGCUAGCUAACCUCCACUCCCUCCCUGCUCUGUAGGCCAGUUGAACGUGAAGAAUGAGGAGCUGGAAGCCAUGGUCAAGGAGGCCAGCGGCCCCAUCAACUUCACCGUCUUCCUCACCAUGUUCGGAGAGAAGCUCAAGGGUGGGUCUAUAACUCACUGUACUUACCUGCUCUAUAUCUGUUGCUCAAUCUCCUCAUUUCUUUGUUUGACUCUGUUAGACUCGCUGUCUAACUUGUUAUAGUGGCUUUCUAAGUUAAAGUGUUAGUGGCUUUCUAAGUACACUCCCAUAUCUGAGGACAUUGCAUGUGUCUUGCUGUCAGUGUAACAUGCCUGACUGACGCUCUGUGUGUCUCAGGUGCUGAUCCCGAGGAUGUCAUCGUUAGUGCUUUCAAGGUCCUGGACCCCGAGGCUACCGGUUUCAUCAAGAAGGAAUUGUGAGAAUAUUUCCUUCCUUAUUUUACAGUUGUAGUAAUGAGUGCACUCCAUAACAGAAUCCACAGCUUCAUGAAUGUUUCUGACUUUGUCUCCCUCUCUCUCUAGCCUUGAGGAGCUCCUGACCACUCAAUGCGACAGGUUCUCUGCAGAGGAGGUGAAUACAUUUAUAAUCAUGAUCUCUCGUUGUCCCCUGACUUGGUGAGUGGCUGACCACCCUUCUCCUCCCCUCUUCCCUCCUUACCUCAGAUGAAGAACCUGUGGGCCGCCUUUCCCCCAGAUGUGGCCGGCAACGUAGACUACAAGCAAAUCUGCUACGUCAUCACACACGGAGAGGAAAAGGAGGAGGAGUAAUGAAACAGAUAGAAGAAAAGAAAACAGCCUCCCUUGCCAUGCUACCUUCCUGCUCCGCUCUUCUUCCUCUGUUAUUCUCUCCUACCUUCCUUCUCUUUAUGUGUACUCAUGUGCUCUCUCUCAUUCACACAAAUUCUCUAAAAGACUCGUCUCUACUCAAGACAUUAGUGUGAGAGAGUGGGUGCUCAUGGGUUGUCUAUGUUUGUUCGUGGGGAUAUCGGAUUAUUUUCAAUAAAAAUGAUCUUUUAACAUCUCCAUCUCUUUCUCAUCCGCUUUCCCUUCCCUUAACCCUCUUCCUCCUUUUCAUCUCUUACUCCUAUCUAUCGUUGGUUGUUUCCCCAGUCUCUCUGUUAGAAGAAAUGCACACAGCAAGUUGUAUCCCACUGCUGUGGUAUGGAUGUGUAAACCCCAAGGUGAAAUGGAGCACCAGUCUUUGCCUCGGCUGCAACAGCUCAGAGGUUAGACCUGGAAGUCCUUUCACUCCCCCUUAACACUCAGAUGGGCAAAUAAACCAAACAGAGGGAUAUCAUUCUAUAAAUAUUGUAGAAGUUACCUACUGUAGAUAAGGUGGGAAAAUAGGAGAUAUUCUAAGAAGGAAUGAGGCUAGAGAAAAACAUGGUCUCCUUAAAGUGACGGCUACGUUUUUCUCAAGAAGUGAGAAAGGCUGUUAAAGAGAGAAGAGAAAGGACCCAAAGAAAACACUUGUCUUCACCUCCUUUCCCUCUCUUUCCUCCUUUACUUCUACCUCUUUGUUUUCUAUUAGCUCCCUUGUUCUCUGCACCUGGACUAGCUUUAGUCUGUCAGAAACUCCUCUGUAACGAAUAAAUGGGACUAACUGUGAAUAAAAGCUAUUAUCUUUUGUACA